AUGGAGUUUCGCAACUACGUCCUCCUCGAGCUUUGCUGGUUGCAUUUCGAAAAGCAUCUGGUUACAACGCAUGGACAGGACAGGCGGCAGGCCUCUGCCAGACUCUCUGGGCACAAGAAGGCCUUCCACAAUCAAGCUGCAGUCAGCUCUUUGGAGGCCCUCAUCGACAAGCUGGAUGAAGCCAGUGCCGACUGUUUGCAGAUGGAGUUCCGGUUUCUUCAGAAUACUAUGGAAAGGCCGCUGCGAAGGAACGACAUUGCCUGGAUUUUGUCCACUGGAAGCCAGUGGGGGCCCUCCAAGCAGCUCACUCUGCAGUGCUUGUGUCGACUGGUUUUUCGAACUCUCAGCGCGAACAUGGCCAGUCUUCACAUGGCGCAGACUCUGGCUCGCAUUAUUCACGAUCGAGCCCUGCCGCUGUGGUAUCAUCCGACCUUUGUGGCCCUGCUUCCACUGGUUCCAAAGAAUGACGUGGGCCGCCUUCAGGACUGGUAUGCCAACUAUGUCUUUCAGUCCCGCUCACACCAUGCCCUCCUGUAUGGUCAGCAGCCAGCAGAGGCGGAGCCUAACCAGGAUGUGCAACCACCAUCAGACACUGGGGCCGGCUCCUCCACUGAUGGACCUCGGCAAGACCAAGCGAUGGUGGAGAUUCCGUUUCCCGCCAUCGAAGAGGCGACACACACGUCCUCGGCGCCAUCGUCUUCGAGCAGGAACAAUGCGGGGGCUGCACCCUGA